AGACCUCAACUCAUGCGGAGGAUAUGCAUGGGGUGCUGCUGCGCUUGCUUCCCUAUACAACAAUCUUCGAGAAGCGAGUAUGCAUCAGACUAGAACAGUAUCAGGGUAUCUGACACUAUUACAGGCGUGGGUGUAUGAGCAUUUUCCAACAUUAUGUGCGAAUUGUUGUAGAUUAUCUCAGGUUUAUGAUGAGGACUAUCCGAGAGCACUUAGAUGGAAGCCAAAACGUGAUAAAGGUUUGGUUGUUCCAUUUAGGAAAGCACUGGACGAGAUUGAUGUUGAUGGCAUAUGUUGGACACCCUACAGAGAGCAUAGGCCGAAGCGACCAUUUGAGGUUGUUUCAUUAUUCAGAGGGUGGAUACGCUGGGUUUACAACUUCAACAAUUCAUACAAUAUUAUUUGA